AUGAAUUUGUGGCACGAAAAUAUCGUUCUAGUCCACGAGCUAGCGAUGGGCUCAAGUAGGAAUGAAGUGUUCAUUGUAAUGGAAUAUCUGCCCCAUCAAUUAAGAAGUCUACUGGAUACAGUGCGCAACAAAAGACAAAGGUUUGGCCCGGAACAUAUACAUUGUUUGAUGACGCAGCUCAUAAGAGCCAUGGCGUAUCUACACCAGAACCGUGUCAUGCACCGGGAUCUCAAACCCGACAACAUACUAAUGUGUAAAGAUGGUUAUUUAAAGGUGGCAGAUUUCGGCAUGGCGCGAGAGUGUAAAUUACCUCUUCGGCAGUAUACUCCGGGCAUGUGUUCACUGUGGUAUGGGGCGCCAGAACUACUCCUUUUAAGCACAGAAUACUCCACUUCUGUCGACAUGUGGAGUAUCGGCUGUAUAUUCGCCGAAUUCAUUAACAUAUGGCCACUGUUCCAGGACAAAUCGGAAAGUGAUCAGUUAAAGAAAAUUUACAAGGUACUGGGCACGCCGUCAGACACCGUUUGGCCUGGUUACAGUACCUUGCCAUUAGUUGGAGACAUAAUAUUCGAUGAGUAUGAACCAAGCGGGUUGCGUAAAGAGAUAAAACACGAAAUACUUUCCGAUAGCGGCUUAGAUUUACUACAAAGAAUGUUAAUAUAUGACCCAAAAAGACGUAUGAGUGCAAAGGAAGCUUUACGACAUAAAUAUUUUGAUGACGAACCGGUGGCGAUAAGUCCAGAUGAGUUUCUUAAAUCUCUGGACUUGGAAGAUGACCAUGAGGAUACAGACUCCGAUACAGGAGACGACGAGCAGUCCGGCUCUGACACAGGAGACGACGAACAGUCCGGUUCUGAUAUGGAAGAUGAAGAAAAGUCCGGCUCUUCAGGAGAAGAUCUCACUUUUUAA